AUGGAGACCGACGGUGUGCCCGUCAGGACGUGGAAGGGCUACGUGUGGGACACGUGGGAGCUGCCGCCGGACCAGCGCAUGCUGCUCUUCAAGGUCGACGCCUUCGUGCUGACCUUCGCGUCCAUCGGCUACUUCCUCAAGUACCUCGACCAGACGAACGUCAACAACGCGUUCCUCAGCGGCAUGAAGGAGGACCUGGCCAUGUAUGGCAACGAGCUGGUCACGAGCACGUCCAUCUGGACUGUGGGCUACGUGAUCGGCCAGAUCCCGUCCAACCUGCUGCUCACGCGCGUCUCGCCGCGCUACGUGAUCCCCGCGCUCGAGGUCGGCUGGGGCAUCGCCACCAUCUGCACGGCGUCGGUGGCGUCGUACAAGUCGCUCUACGCGCUGCGUUUCCUCGUCGGGUUGUUCGAAUCCGGCUUCUACCCGGGAAUUCACUAUCUGCUCGGGUCCUGGUACACGCCCCGCGAGAUCGGCAAGCGUGCUAUGAUUUUCUGGCUUGCGGGCACUGUCGGGCAGCUGUUCAGCGGCUUUCUGCAGGCGGCUGCGUACACGAACCUGGACGGUGUGAAUGGUCUCAGCGGGUGGCGCUGGCUCUUCAUCAUCGACAGCAUAAUCACCCUGCCGCUCGCCAUUGCCGGCUUCUUCUUCUUUCCCAACCUGCCGCAGGGCGGGAAGAAGACGUGGUGGAUCACGGAAAAGGAGCAUCUCCUGUCCGUCAAGAGGAUGGAGGCCGUCGGCCGUGCCGGCAAGCAGCCCUUGACGAAGCAGAAGGUCAAGAGGAUCCUGCUGAGCUGGCACACCUACGUGCUGCCCAUGAUAUACAUCAUCUGGAAUAAUGGUGGCCUCCAGCCCGCCAUGGGCUACUGGCUGAAGAGCUUCAACGCGGAUCCGCCGCCGGUGCCGGGGACGCAUUUCAGCGUCCCGGAGAUCAACAAUCUACCAAUUCCCACCUCGGCCAUCUUCAUCGGCAUGGCCCUAAUAUGGGGUUGGCUUUCCGAUGGCCUCUGCCGUGGCGCCCGGUGGCCCUUCAUCUAUGCCGGUGCCGUCAUCUCGCUCAUUUUCAGCGUGCUCCUAUUGAAAAUGCCGCUUUACACCAACAUCCGCGGCCGCAUGGUGGUGUACUGGCUAAGUAACAUCGGCAACGGCGCGGGUCCUCUGAUCCUGAGCUGGAUCAACGAGAUCUGCUCCGACGACACGGAGAAGCGGGCGCUGCUCGUCGCUGCCGGCAAUGACUUUGCCUAUGUCGUCCAGGCGGUGGCUCCCAACUUUGUAUGGAAAACAACAGACUUCCCCGCAGCACGGAAGGGCUACACAUGGUCGAUCAUUCUGCAGAUACUCCUAAUCCUCAUAACCGCCCUCACGCAGUUUCUUCUCUGGCGAGACAAACGGCGGGCCGCUAGGAGCGAACUGACCUUCUUACCUGCGUCUACCCCUGAGUCGGAUGAUGAUGUGCUGGAGAACCGGGCAGGGGAUCUCGAGGGUGAUCGCAAGACUUCUCGCAGCUGA